UUCACCAUGGCGGCGAGCGCGAAACGAAAACAGGAGGAGAAACAUCUGAAGAUGCUGAGAGAAAUGACGAGUUUGUCUCCCAAUAGAAAGUGCUUUGACUGCGACCAGCGCGGCCCAACCUAUGCCAACAUGACUGUGGGUUCCUUCGUGUGUACCUCCUGCUCUGGCAUCUUACGGGGACUGAAUCCACCUCACAGAGUUAAGUCUAUCUCCAUGACAACAUUCACGCAGCAGGAAAUCGAGUUCUUACAGAAACAUGGCAAUGAGGUAUGUAAACAGAUCUGGCUUGGUCUUUAUGACGACAGAACCUCAUCAGUACCAGACUUCAGAGAACCACAGAAAGUCAAGGAGUGCCUUCAAGAAAAAUACGAGAAGAAGAGAUGGUACGUACCUCCUGAACAAGCCAAGGUUGUGGCAACGGCCAAUGCUUCCAUCUCUGGUUCCUCAAACAGCAGCACCAACAGCACCCCAGAGGUCAGACCGCUUAAAUCACUGUUGGGGGAGUCGGCCCCCACUCUGCACCUGACUAAGAAUACCCCACAAAAUCAGUCUCCAGUGGUGAGCCGUGGACAACCCCAUCAACAGCAGUUCCAUGAGAAGAAGUUCGACCUCCUCAGUGACUUGGGUGGAGACAUCUUUGCAGCGCCAACCAAUGUGAACACAGCCGCCAGCUCCGGUUUUGCUAACUUCGCACAAUUUAACAGCCACACAAGGGUGGCAUUACACAAGGAAUGCAACGGUUAUAGCCCAUAUCCUGGAUACUGUGAGGCUCUUGAAACAGCAACUCCAGCUACAGUCCAUGCACAGAAAGUCAACGCAGGUGCAGGAUUUGCUAAUUUUGAAGCGUUCGGGAGCAGCCCCUCACCCCAAGCCUCAUUUCAGCCUCCAAAUACAGGUAGCGCCUCAGGGGGAUUAGCAAAUGCCAAUUUUGCAAAUUUUGACAACUUCCCCAAAUCGUGUAGUGCUGACUUUGGAUCCUUCAGUUCCUCCUCCCAGAGUAACUCCACAGGAUCUGGCAAAGACGUUGUACAGAGUACUAACGUUCCCGCCGAUAGAUACGCACUCCUGGCUGACCUGGAUAACAUGUUUAGCUCUGCCGAAACAGAGCAAGGGGGUGGUAUUCCUGGAGGCAUGAUCUCUGCCACUGCAGCCUCAGCAGGAGUUGCUGGUUUACCUCAGAAGCAGCCAACAGGUUUCACUGGAGGGGACCGUUAUGCUGCUCUCGCAGAGCUUGAUACGGUCUUCAGCUCCUCAGCACCUGCCACCAGUGUUUACAACACCUCUAGCACUUCCCAAGGUGGUGUAUUUGGCUCAGAGACGGUGUCCUCAGCACAAGCACAUCAAGUGAUGCCUGGCAUGCCUCAGGGUUUUGGAGCGGCACCAUCAACUAAUCCGUUUGUAGCUGCUGGUGUCGCCCCUGCAGCACCUCCCACCAACCCAUUCCAAUGCAACGGCAGAGCAGCGAGUGUGGCAGCCGCAGCAGCACCCUUUGGCACAGGCUCCAUGAGUAUGCCAGCAGGAUUUGGAAAUGCUGCCGCCUUCAAUCUCCCUACCAGCUUUAGUGGAACAUUCCAACAACCCUUUCCGGGCCAGCCCCCCUUCACUCAGCCUCCUGUGUUUCCUCAACAACACAAUGGUGGAGGAUUCCCAGCCUAUGGCCAGACAAAGCCUGUCGUGACUCCUUUUGGACAACCAAUGGCAGCCCCCAUUGUCCCUAGCAACCCCUUUCUGGGUGGAGCUCCGCCUGCUCAGUAUCCUGCCGGAGGCUCAUCGACCAACCCGUUCUUAUAGCGAUCCAUCUCGUCUGCUGCACUUACAGGGUCAACAACUGGCGCGCUUGCACCUAUUGCACUCUUUUGUUUCACCAGUAGCUUUAAAAACACAAUGUUUGUAAGAAUCUGUAUUUUCUAUUGCAGUUUGUCACAAAUUAAACAAUGUGCAAGACAGACGUGCCGACGCUGUCUGUGACUACAACACAAAGAGAGGUUGUGUGCCGAGGGAGAGGUGGAUCCUUUCUCCUCUGUUUAACCUGUGAAAUGGCCUGAGUCACAAUGUAUAAUCAAACUGGCUGAAAAUUAAGUUAUUGCAUACAGUAUAUCAUUCAUUAAGCUGCAUUUCUGUACAUACGUUUUUCUCCUUUAGGACGUUAGCUUUUUGUGCAUAUCAGUAUUUGUAUAACAUAAGAUUUGUUAGGACAGGGCUGUUGCUUGGGUACUGCCAGUUUCUGUAUUUGGAAAGAACUAAACUGUUUGUGCUGAAUCUUUUUGGGUAAAUUCUUCUUACUAAGGAAAACAUUCAGUUACUCAAAACUGAAAAAAAAGUGAAUGCUGCAUCAGAACGGUGGAUAUGCUGGUCUGCUGUCUCCUUCCCUGCUGACAGACCCUGGUCCCAACAUUUUUGAAUGACAGUGAACCACACAUUCGUGUGGGGAAGCAGAACGACUGACUUGAUGGACUGAAAAACCACUCUCAUGGGAUAUUAAAGAAUUUUAAGUUAAUGUGUAAAUAUAUACAGAAUAUAUAUUAAAUGAAUUUUAAAUAAGA